AUGGACGCGAUCAAGAAGAAGAUGCAAGCGAUGAAGCUUGAGAAAGACAAUGCACAGGACAAAGCUGAUACCUGUGAAGGACAGGCCAAGGAGGCAAACCUCCGUGCCGAUAAAGUUAUGGAGGAGGUUAAUGAGCUGACUAAAAAAUUAGCUCAAGUACAGUCUGAUCUUACAACCAACAAGGGAAAUUUGGACAGAGGAAACAAAGAUCUUGAAGAGAAAGAAAAAGCACUCACUAAUGCCGAAGCUGAAGUAGCAGCUUUAAAUAGAAAAGUACAGUUGAUUGAAGAAGAUUUGGAACGGUCUGAAGAACGUCUUAACACCGCUUCUACUAAAUUGACGGAAGCUUCUCAAGCCGCUGAUGAAUCUAGCCGUAUGUGCAAAGUAUUGGAAAACCGUGCCCAGCAAGAUGAAGAGAGAAUGGAUCAAUUGACAAAUCAAUUGAAAGAAGCGCGUUUACUAGCUGAAGAUGCUGAUGGUAAAUCUGAUGAAGUUUCCCGUAAGCUCGCGUUUGUUGAAGACGAACUUGAGGCUGCUGAGGACCGUGUUAAAUCUGGUGAAGCAAAAAUUAUGGAGUUGGAAGAAGAACUUAAAGUCGUCGGAAACAGUUUGAAAUCACUCGAAGUCUCUGAAGAGAAGGCUAAUCAAAGAGUUGAAGAAUUCAAACGUCAACUCAAAACUUUGACGGUCAAACUAAAAGAAGCUGAAGCUCGUGCCGAAUUCGCAGAGAAGACUGUCAAGAAAUUGCAGAAAGAAGUCGACAGGCUCGAAGACGAACUUGGAAUCAACAAGGACAGAUACAAGUCAUUGGCUGACGAGAUGGACUCGACAUUCGCCGAGUUGGCUGGAUACUAA